GGGCGGGGCCGCCGUUUGAAUGCGGGGCGGCGGACCGGCAGAAAUUGGUCUGCAAAAUGAAAACCUUGACUGCAAUCUGCCCUGGCUAAAGGUGCUCUGCAAGUGGUAGCAUUUUGGUCCGUUGUUGGAUCCAUUACCUUUCUGUGUAUCAACCCUGAGUCUGCCAUGAGUGACUCAUCCCUGCUGUUUCUUGCUGGAGCAAACACUGUGGAAGACCAGAGGGCUCGCUGGGAGAGAAAGCGCAGCCGGACAGCCAAGGAGCUGCUGGAAACUGAACACAAAUACCUCGAGCAGCUGGAUUUGGUGGUCACAUACUUUGUGACAAUUUUAAAGGCCAAAGGGACAUUGAAACCUGCUAUGUUGGAAACUAUAUUUGGACCCCUGGAAUCCAUAUAUUCGGCCAGCCAUGUUCUGUCAUUUCAUCUGGAGAGAGGGAAUUUGGGACCAGGACUGGAAAGUUUUUGUCAGAAUCUGGAUCUUUACGGCCACUAUGCUGAGAAUUUGGAGCAGGCAAAUAAAACCUUGAAGGAGCAAUUGAAGAAAAAUAAGUCAUUCCGGCGGUUUAAGAAACUCCAGGAAUCUCGACCUCAGUUUCAAGGGAAGGAGCUAGAGGAUCUGCUUCCUUUGCCCCUGCAGAGGCUGCACCAGUACAAGCAUUUCUUCAGAGACCUGCUGGAGAACACCUGCCCAGACAGUGCUGAGCACCUCAAACUUGCAAAGGCUGUGAAAUCUAUAUCUGAGAUAUCUCAGUGGGUCCAGGGCAUAACUGAAAAAAGAGAGAACUCAUUGCAGCUGCUUCGGGUUCAGAAACUGCUCAAAGGACAGAAGACCCAGGUUUUCACUCCAGGGCGCUGGUACAUCCGGGAAGGCUGGCUUUUGGUGGUGCCUUCAAAGGGAGAGGAACUGAAGCGCAGGAUGUUCUUCCUGUUCUCUGAUAUCCUCAUUGCAGCAAAGCCCUGCCACCCCCUGCACCCGCUGAACUCGCACAAGCUGGCGUGCCAGGCUGUUUACCCUCUCCACCAGUGCACCGUGGAUAAAGUGUUCGGCCACACGCGGAGCCAGGGAGGGCUCCUCAGUCUUUCCUUUCCACACAAGGCACUGCUGUUGAUGUCCAGCGACCAACAAGAUAUCAAUGACUGGUAUCGGAGUCUCACAGCUGCAGUCAGGCAGCUGAAAGCCUGAUGCACUUGAGUACAAGACAGAGUGGCAAGACAACCACUGUCAUGGCAGAAGCCUACACAACCUUAGAAAAUGCUCAGGGGCAUAUAGUAGAACUGCAUUUAGAGGGACUACACACUGUGCUUGUGAGAUGACGAACGCUUUGUCAGCUGUCCUAAUGUUCAUACAGACACCGCAAAAAACAAGUAUGCACACUAAGCAUUUGUGUAUAAAAAAUAAGUAUCAAGAAUUGUCCCCAAUUUAGCUUAGAAGCUUCUAGCUUUUCUGCACUUUUGUAAACUCAGAUUAUUAAGGACAAGCAGACGAGAGCCCGAUUUGCUUUCCCUCAUUAAAUGUUUUUAUUCAACCGUC